CUGUUCUACUAGGUAGUCUAGUGUCUAGGCUCUAGUCUAGAAAUUCUAAGAAGUAGAUGAUCUAGUAAAUCUAGUCUAGAUGAUAGUUGAUCUAUUAUCUAUUAUUUUCUAUAUAGAUCUAGAUGUAGAUCUCGACUCGUCGACCGGCAGCGACUACACAGCAUAUGCCGCUAUUUUGCAGGGCCAACCUUAGGCCACUGCAACCUACGCGACCGCAGUGGGCCCAGCACUUUUAUAGGACCUGCGCUAAUUUUAGUAUGCCUUUAUGAAGUAAAGUUUCUAAUAUUAUGUAAUGGCAAAUAAAGAUUCUUUUGCAUUUGAAUGCAAGAUAUUGGAUUUACAUUUUGGAAAUCAAAAAAGAGACUUUGUGUGGAUCAAAAGCAGUGCUCAGCAGGAUACCUUAGUUGCCAAAUAUGAGAAUGGAUUGCAUUCAAUUUUAAAAAUUAAAGCUGGUGGCCAUGUUUCACAUUUUGUAUUGGAUCCAAAUCUUUCCUGUGUUUAUUGGGACGAUGAAGAGGCAAGUGAAACAAGUCAAAAGUUAUGUGCCCAAACCUCAUCUAGGGAUAUUAUAUUAUACAUUGUGAAUGAGGAUGAUGUUACGGUCUAUCUCAGUAUCUCUUAUAGUCAAAUAAAAAGUGCUGUUCAAGAACAACUUGUCAAUGAUGAAGAUCUACAAUUGGUUGGUUGUGACAGAGGAAACUUCUUCCUUUGGAAUGGAGAAAACAAACUUUUUUGUAUGAAACUUGAAACUGGAAGCUUUGCAGAACUGAGAUGCAUUUUGCCAUUACCCCAAUCUUCCAAGGAUACAUCUGUGGGAACACAUUUCAGAAGCUUUCAAAUAAUAAAUGGAUCUGUUGUGAUAUUUGAUUUCUUAAUUUCAGCUUUAUAUAUUUAUUCCAUUGCUGCUGAAACCUGUGUCUGUCAAGUAAAUUUGAAGCCCUUAUCUAUUGAAACAGAGUCCAUCAUAAGCUGGAAAAUGUCUUUUGAUCUCUCUGUAGUGACAUUUCUACGUAAAGACUGGACCAUGUUGAGUGUGAAUAUUUUAGGAUAUGGUAAACAUGAUCCUGAAAAUGUUGUACACUUGGACAACAAAAACCAUCAAUCUUUUAACAUGGAGUACAUGAGUUACCACUUGUGUCGCUUUGGGGAUGCCCCAUGGAAGAGACAAGUAGUUGAACAUCAUAUGACUUCAUCAGACAGUCACACUGCUGUUGGUUUCAAUGUAGAAAAUAAAAAGAAGUCCAGGAAGGAGACUACCUCCAAAGAACAAAGCCAUGACACUUUUAAAGUAAUGUUAACACUGCCUGAAGAUGGGCAAAAAAGUGAUUGGAGCUUAGUUAGGAUGGAGGCAUCCUCCAGUAUUUUAACAUUGCUUAUAAAGAAACCUUCCAAUGUUUAUGGUGGCAAUAGCAGACUGACAGUUUGCUUUGCAAAUUUUACUGACAAAACAGUAAAACUGUAUGAUGAAGGUGGUAAAUCAUUUGUAGUACUGUCAGAGAGACCAUCUUGUUCCCAUCUUCUUUUAUCUGAUGAUUGUUUGAAAUUUAUUUCACCAUUUGGGGAUUUACAAAAAGAUCAACUCAUUUCAUGGAUGAUGUCCUACAGUGGUCCACCUGGUGCUGAUAGCCUUUGUCAAGCUAAUCAGUGGACACGAACAUCUGUACCAUUACAAGCAAUUGAGGCCAGUUUGCAGCAAAGACAGAUGGACAUCUUGACAUUUUACUUCAAGUCCAAACAGGAUUUGUUUAGUUUGUCGUCUCACCAUCUUCAUGGCACUGGGCUGGCAAGUGACAUCAGACAAAUACAAGACACAUUAAAUCUAGUCACUACAACUAUUUUAACAAAUCUGCAGGAGCCUCAAGCAAAAAUAUUUCUAGAAAGACUAUUGUCUGUUACUUUGGAGUUUAUAUAUAGUCUCCUUGAAGACGCCAGGCAAUACCAUCUUACUAACCCUGAUAAAGAAAUAGAAAUACAAGAAGCAUGCACUAUUCUGGUGUCCUACAUGCCUUCUUUAAGAAAAUCAAUGUUAGCUCUUCAAUAUAAAAAGUUGCAGUCAAGUUUAUCUUAUCAGGAUUCAGAUCUUGUGAAAAAGCAGUCCUUCAAUAAAGACAAUAGUAAGGCUUCUGUUGAGAAUGCAAUAAAAGAAAAUAGAUGUUCUCAUCAUCAAGCACAUCUAAUGUCCCAGGAUAAUAUUCAGAAUUUUCACUUCCGUGAUUUGGUCAAUGAUGUAUUAAAAAUUGUUCAAUAUCAUUUGGAGAAAAAUGAUAUUUCUAGUUGUCAACAAAUUCUUAACAAUUUGGGUUGUAAUGUAAGCAGUAUCCUGUGGUCACUGUUCCAGUAUAACAACAGCAGAACUCAGCAGAAGUAUUUGACUAGCCAACUGUCUGCUGCAGCAGCAUUAAACCCUUCUCAACGUCAGCUAGUUUAUUUUCUGGAUCAGUUGUAUCAGGCUUAUCCAUCUGAGUCUUUCACUCUGGCUGUGAAAAAUAAAACUGUUUUGCGAGUUUGGGGAGAUAAAGAUCCUAUUAGCAAAUUGGUCAAAGCAAAAGAUGCAGCAAUAUUAUCACAUUGUGGAGAAAUUUCACCAGUUUCCUCUCUAGAUAUUGAGACACCUGGAAAAGAACUUUAUGUGGCUGUCAAUCUAGCUUGGGUCUCACAAUGGUCACAAGAAAUGAGAAAGUCUGUUCUCACUGAUGCUCAUUUUAUUAGUUCAGAACAUGCAGAGGAUUUCAUGGAAGUUUUGAAAGCAGAUCCUGAUUCAUCUUGGCAAUUUCUUAUGUCACAUAACUUGAUUGGUAUAUUAUUACCUCUUAUGGAAUCAACCAAAGCAGAUGAUACAUUUCCUUGGCCAGAUGAUGCUACAGACUUUUUAAAAUUGGGAUGGUCUCAUUUCCAGAAGGAGAUGGCUAAACAACUUCUAAGAUUAAAAAAGUUAAAUCUAGAAUUGAUGGUUCAACAAAAAAAGGAUUUGUUUGAGCUUCUUCCUUUGGUUGGAGGCCCCAUGCAGAAGUCUCACCCCUUUAACUACUCAGGGCAGAUAUUUCUAAAGCAGCACCACAUUGAUACUAUCACACAGUUUGUUAGUGCUGGCUUACAAUUACCUUUCUGGAUGUACUGUACAAUGCACAGUAUAAACCCAAGUGAAUUAAACAUCAAUCAUGGUGGAACAUGGUUUCCUGUGUUUCAAGCAUUUUAUUCUAUUCCCAGGCAGCCAAAAGAUAAGAAUAUUCUAUUGUCAGCAAGUUUAUUGGCUGCUGCAGACCUGUGGUCCUUGUCACCCGAAGAAGUUACAAUUGAAAAAAUGCUAGAAAAGAAUCAAGGCAUAGCUGCUGUUGGGACACUGUGUUACAUGACUGAGGGAUUGCCUAGUUUAACCUCAGCAUCUCUGAAAAAGAGCCUUCAACAAUAUCCACAACUUCUAUCAGCCCUUACAAUUGAUGGGAUUGAAACAUUAUCUAAAUAUAAUGCUAGUGUCUAUCAACUACUAGUCGGAUCAUCACUAUUUGACCUCAGGAGAUUGUUUGGCUGGCAGACAACAAAUACUUUUGCUGGUGAAGAUAGCCCAAAAAUAAUGCCACACUUUUCGGAGCCUCAGCAGACUGCAUUACAUUCAAGACAUCAUAAACUUUCAUUUCCUUAUUAUCUCAAACAUGGUCGACCUGUUUAUGCAUAUUUAUCUUUUUUAUCUGAAGAGCUGGAUAGAAGUGAAGUUUCUUUAUCACAAAAAAGAAUUCACCAAGCUUGUGGGGCGUCAUUGUGGAUUGCUUGCCAAAACUUUAACACCCCAUCCAUUACAAGUGCUUGCGUUAUCUUUGUUGAGCUUCUGGGUCAAGACAGUGCUCAUGUUCGUACAAUGUUGAAUGUUGGUCGCAUACUUCUAACCCACAAACAUAAAUGUGUUGGUGGAUCAGCAGAAUCAAGACAGGAGCAACUUAAAACAGUUGUAUCUGAUAUUGUGUCUGACUUGCUGGCCUGUGUGCGAAGCAGUCGACAUUAUGGGAACAAAUUAGUUCGGUCAUUAGAGGCUGCCAUUGAAGAGGAAAUAAAACUUGAAGUUAUUGGAAGAUGCUCAUACGAGGCUGCUCUCAAAUGGAUGAUAGUUUUGAUGUUGUGUGAACAGUUGUCAUUGCCUCUGUCUACCUGCUUCUUGAAGGCUUGCGCUGAGACUGACAACUGGCUGAUGUUUGUUUGGUUUUCUCAGCUACACCAGUACCCAACUCAUCAGCUUCAGAAUCUUCUUCAAUCUUUCCGAAGCCCAAAUCUUAGAGACCAUUUGCAUUAUGUGAUUAAUAAUGCAGACAGUAGAUGGUUCUCUACGUCCUCUGCCUCCUCAUCUAACAGAAAUGCUGCUAGUGAAAAGAAAUCUAGUGUCACUCAGAGGUCAUUUUUAUAUAGCAAAAUUGGAGUCCAAAAAAGUAGAGAUAGAGCCAGCACUAGUAGUGAUGAAGAGGAUGACAAGUUAGGAAAGGCCAGCAUGUCAUCAUUUACUUCCAGACUCAAGCAGUCAGAAUUUAAUGAUUGUGAAAUGCAAGAAUCCACAGCACCUGAUGAUGUAUUCCGAAUGCUGUUUUAUUGUCAGUCAAUGCCAUCGAAAUGGAGAUGUCUGCUAUCUGCUGCAAUUGCGCUUCGUAAUCCUCUUUUUGCUGAAUUAGCAGCUUGUAGUGGUUGUCCUGCUCUUCCAAGUAUUUGUGGUUGGUUACUGGCUUCUAUGCCAUCAGAGACCAAGCAGUCUUUUAUCAACAAGCAUGGUCAGAAUGUGAGCAAAUGGACAAUAGAUCAACUACAUGCACUGAUUGAAACCGUCUUGAUGUUGGGUCUUGAAGAUUCACUUGCAACAGCAUUUAUAAUUCUACAGCCUUUAUCCCCCCUGUUGCCAUUCUUCUGUUUUAUCACUGAAAUUGUAAAGAGGAGAAAUUAUUCAGCCGGUAGGACAUUUAUCGAUCAGUUUAAGGAUGCCAUGGCAACAUUUGACUUGAGAACAAACACAGAGAAGACAACUGAUACAGACUUGCCAAUGAUUGGGGACAGAUCCUGGUUUGAAAAAGUUACUUAUCUAGUUAUAAAACAUGAGCUGAAAAGUAUUAGCAGUUUGUAUGAAGCCAAACACCUGCUCGAGAUUCUGGACAAAAAAAAUAUAUGUUUAGUCUUCAGUUUUGAUGUGCUAGAUUUUGGUCUUCUAAACAAGAUAGUCACACUUCUCCAUGCCAACUCAGUUCCUUGUCCUCAGCUUGGAGCUCUGUUAACAUCUGGAACUAAAUCUGAAAAGUUUAUCUCUGAAUGUGAGGAGGGAGUCAACUAUUUAAUUAGCUGUGGUAAAUUCUCUGAAGCUCAUGAACUAUCCAAGCUGGCAGGCAUUGGUAGAGAAGGUGUAACAAUAAGCCAGUUAAAAGAAGAAAAGGAACGAUUGGUUUCAUGUGGCAUGUGGACAGCUAAAUAUGUGAGAAUACAAUACUGGAAAAAAAGUAAAAUGUUACUGCUACAGGCUGAGUGUUCAACAUCAACAUGUAGCCAUUUUUAUCAGAAUGAGUUACAAGGGACAUCAAUUGAAUUCGAAAGAGCUCUUCUGUGUCAACAUUGGAUUAUGGUUCUAACCGACAAAAAUGAUCCAGAAGUUAUUACUAUCAAGGAAACAGUUUUUAGAAAUAUGUGGCGACAUCGAAUUGCUGCUAAGAUGUCUUCAGAAGACCAAGAGCCAUUAGAUGAGAUAUUUGAUAGUGUGGAUGUUUUUUCUAAAAAGCAUGGUGAUCUCAAGGCUGACCUCAUACAACUUAAUCAUAUGACUCAUUAUGGGUCAGACAUUCAAGGGGAUUUAAAUACGCAGGAGCUAGAAGUUCUUGACUCACUUAUGGGUAGUUAUCUUGAUGAUGGAAGAAUUAGCGACUGUACAAAUGUUGCUACAGUUUUUGGUCACUACAAUCAAGACUUAGCUAUUAUUCAGACCUGUAUCUCUUUAGCUGUUGGCCAAAGCAGUAUUGAUAGCAUAGAGCCAGCCAUGAAAAGACUUCUUGUAAAAUCUAGCUGUCAACGUACCAGACAUGUGUCAGUAACACUCAGUAGAUCUCUCAGUGUGGGCAGCAUCAACAGUGGUACCUCCACAUUGACAGAUUCUAGCCUUACAUGUGAUACUAAUGACAUAAUCAGUGUGAUGGAAAAACUCUAUUCCCACUGUAUUAAAGGAAGUCAAGUUUGCCUCAGGAUCAUCACAUGUUACAAGAUAUCCCAGGUACUUGGUGUUGAAUACAAACAAAUAGUCAUUGAUUCUGAAUUUGAAUCACUAAGAAAAUUGUUAAAAGUUGACUAUCCAAAUAAAUUUAUUGUUGCUCGUGACUUCCUGGCAACUAGUGGAUUUUCAGAAAAUGAGAUAAUUGGUUUUGUGACUGACUCAAUUGUCAAUAGUUUGAAAACUUUAGUACAAAAAGAUACAGACUCGUUAGCAGAUUUAGGAGCUAAUAUUUACAAGAAUGAAAAAACCUUUAAUCCAGCAGAUGGAAUGGAAAUAUUUGCUCAAUACCUGAAAUUGACAGACAACACAGCACUUCUAGGAAAUUGUAUACUUCAAUCUGUUGCAACUCUGUUAACUUGUCAGCUAGAAGAAAUGUCUUCUUCAGUGCUAACUAUUCAGACAGAACUCAUCAUCAUGGCUCAUGAAUGUUAUACUGUAUCUUCUAACAUGGAAGGAAUUUCUCAUGUUUUGCGAGCUGCUCGUGUGUGCUGUGACUGCCUAGCGGAAGCAGCUGAAUAUAAUUUAAUGAUACGUCUUCUGAUUGGUGUUGGAAGAUACAGUGAAAUGCAAUAUAUAUUUCAUGCCUUGCAACAGAAUCAUCAGUUUGAAUUGCUUCUUCGUAAAGGAAUGGACAGGGAAGAUAAACUUAAGGUGGCCAUUCUGGAUUACUUAAAACGCUAUCAACCUGAUGACAGUGAUGCAUAUACAAUGGUGGCUUUAAAGUUUACAAUGUACAGAGACAUAGCAGCCAUGCUGGAGACCUGUGGCCAUAGAAGUUUAAACCAGCUUAAGGGAAAACUUCUAGAAAACUCUAAAGAGACUCAAGAAUUACUCAAGAAAUGUUUGCAAUACUUUCAAGAUGCCGCAGAGAGUUAUGUCAAAGACAGCAGCAUAAGAAAAGCUCAGCGUUGUGUUAAGCUUGCCAGACUUCUUUCACUACAAAUGCAGUUGCUGCCAAGUGGGAUGCAAGUUGUAGAACUAAGCAAGGAGCAAGUUGCACAUUUUGUUAAUACUCAUACUAGAUUUAUUGAGGCAAUGGUUGUGAGUGACGCCUAUGAUAAACAUGUUGAUUGGUCAGAGGCUGUUUACAACAAUGUUGUCGUGAAUGGUGAUAUGCGCUAUUUACAAGAAAUGAAACUACAUGUACACAUUACUGCCAGUUUGGUGGAAGAUGUCCUAAAAAGAUACAAACAGUCAUCUACAAAAAGUAGUUCAUCAUUACAGCCUAUAAAGAAACUUUUAAGUCACUGUAAGGAUGUACAGUUACAAUACCGUUUGGCUACCGAAUUGGGUCUGGGGGAUGAAAUCACAUCUUUAUUGAAGGGAGACACAGGAUGCUUUCUUCAAGAUGUCUCGCUCAUCUAAAUCUAAUUUAACAUUAAUACAUCUGACUAAUGACUAUUUAUUUAUUUCAAUAUAUGACUUUAAAUGUACUUUUAUCUUAAUUGAUGAAAACUUCACCUAAUAUGGUUAUAAUAAUAGCUUUCUUUUAACAAAUAUUAAAAACUUGCUAUGAUGAACACACACUCAACAAAAAGUUCAAUAGUAUUUAAUAUUAUGUACAAGUCUGUGCCAGACAUUCAGUAAUUUAUUGCAAUUUAUUUUGACAUGAGCAGGUCAUGGUUUCUUGUGAGAAAAUCUUAUAAAGUCUACUUCGAUAUCAACAGAUUUUUUCUUGUGAAACUUGAAAGUGUUAGUCAGAUCAAACCGAAGCUCAGCAAUAACAGUUGCAUCAACAUUCCAACUAGCUGCCUUUUUUAAAAUAUGCUAGAAUAAAACAAAAGUGUUUCAGUGAGGAUUAUCAAUGGUCAACAAUUAACUAGGAUCAUACAAAAGUCUGCAACAGUUAUUACGUACCUCUCUUGUUGAUGUUUUGUGAAGGGAGUAAAUUGCAUUGUUUGAUAGGUUCAAUGCUGCCUGAAGAAAUUCAGUAUCAAUUCCUGACAUAAAUAAUGAGAAUAACAAAAAUAUAUUAACUGGUUAGAUUUUCUUAAAAUUUAUUCGCUGUUUAAUGUUUGAAUAUAUUUCAAAGUUUAUAAAUAUGUUUCAUAUACUUGUAUUAAUAACUCAUAAUUUUACAAACAUAAUUGAAAAAAAUCUGUUUCAUGUUGAUAUUUUUUUGUUAAUAAGAUAAUUUAUCCAAGCUUCAAGUUGUGUAAAAUAUAUUGUAUAAAGAAAUGAAUGAAUAAAAACAUUAUGUGCAUCUA